AGGACAAAUAUAAUACUGUAAUAAGUGGAUAAGAAAGAAAAAUUUGUUGGUAAGAAAACCACAAACCUUGAACCAGCCUGAAAUAGGCUUCCUUUUCCUUUCCACACCUAAGAAGCAAUGGAAGACGAGAGAGACCACGAUACAAUUUCUUCGUCUCCCCCAUCUUUGAGCAAGCAAUUGGCGGGCACCACUCUUGGAGGAAGCGCGGACGUUCCCGUUGUUGAUCUAAGCGUUUCUGAUGAAGACUUCUUGGUGCAUGAGGUGGUGAAAGCGAGUGAAGAGUGGGGAAUAUUUCAGGUGGUUAACCACGGGAUUCCGGAGGAGCUGAUGCAUCAGUUACAAGUGGUUGGGAAACAGUUUUUCGACCUCCCCGAGGCGGAGAAGGAAAUCGUGGCGAAAGAUGGAGACUUCGAAGGAUACAAGAGGAAGUAUCUAGGAGGUAUAAACAAUUGGGACCAACAUCUGUUUCACAGACUCUCUCCACCCUCAAUCAUCAAUUAUAAAUAUUGGCCUAAGAAUCCUCCUCAAUACAGGGAGGUGACUGAGGAGUACACAAAGCAUAUGAAGAGGCUAACGGAGAAGAUUCUUGGUUGGUUAUCAGAGGGAUUAGGAUUACCGCGUGAGGCGUUCACACAAAGUAUAGGCGGUGAAACGGCAGAGUAUGUCCUUAGGGUCAAUUUCUAUCCGCCAACUCAAGACUCGGAAUUAGUCAUAGGAGCCGCGGCCCACAGCGACAUGGGUGCAAUCGCACUCCUCCUCCCCAAUGAGGUUCCUGGACUUCAAGCCUUCAAGGACGAACAAUGGUUGGACCUUAACUAUAUCAACUCUGCCGUGGUUGUUAUCAUCGGGGAUCAACUCAUGAGGAUGACCAACGGUAGGUUCAAGAACGUGCUUCAUAGAGCAAAGACGGAUAAGGAAAGAUUGAGGAUAUCUUGGCCUGUUUUUGUGGCACCUCGGGCUGAUAUGUCUGUUGGACCUUUGCCGGAGCUUACCGGAGACGAGAAUCCUCCUAAAUUCGAGACUUUAAUAUAUAAUGACUAUAUAGACCAGAAGAUAAAUGGCUGGGCGCUCGAAGAUCUUCCAGUCUACUGAAAACUCUCAAAACCUACAAACAAAAAAUCCCACAGUAU